UGGACAAACUACAUUCAUGGCUGGCAGGACCGCUGGGUUCUGAUGAAAAACAACACACUGAGUUACUACAAGUCUCAAGAUGAGACAGAGUAUGGCUGCCGGGGUUCCCUCUGUCUCAGCAAAGCUGUCAUUACUGCUCAUGAAUUUGAUGAGUGCCGGCUGGACGUCAGCGUGAACGACAGCGUCUGGUACCUGAGAGCACAAGACCCAGAGCACAGAAACCAGUGGAUUGAGUCUAUUGAGCUUCACAGGAAUAUCAGAAAGGACAAGACGGAGAAGGGAGGAAUCCAGGGAACAGUAAUCAUCCCUCCACCACUGUUCUAGAGGACGAUGAAGAUGACUUUCCCAACACUCGCACAGGAGAGUUUCUACACAACAACAACGGUAGCAAAGAAAAAUUUUUCCAGUCCUCAGGUCUGAAGGACAUGAAUGGUAUAGACUUUAAAGGUGAAGCCAUCACAUUUAAGGCCACCACAGCUGGGAUCUUAGCUACUCUGUCCCACUGCAUGGAUCUGAUGGUGAAGACCGAGGACAGCUGGCAGAGACGCCUGGACCAGGAGAUGGAAAAGAGACGGAGGAUAGAGGAGAGCUAUAAAUCAACCCUCAAUGAUCUGAAGAAGAAGUCUCAGUUUGGGGGUCCUGAUUAUGAGGAAGGUCCAAACAGCUUGAUGAAUGAGGACGAGUUCUUUGAUGCAGUGGAAGCUGCUCUUGAUAGACAUGAUCAAAUGGAGGAACAGUGUCAAACAGAGAAGACAAGGAUCCAGAGAUGCAGCCCUGGUUCUUCUGCAGACGUCCACUGCAGCUCUGCCAAACACAGGUUCUCUGAUCAGGUGGAGGAAAUGGUGCAGAAUCACAUGACCUACUCUCUGCAGGAUGUGGGUGGAGAUGCCAACUGGCAGCUGGUUGUAGAAGAAGGAGAGAUGAAGGUGUACAGGAGGGAGGUGGAGGACAAUGGCAUUGUGUUGGACCCUUUGAAGGCCACUCAUUCAGUGAAGGGGGUGACGGGUCACGAGGUCUGCCACUUCUUCUGGGACACUACCUAUCGCAAUGACUGGGAAACCACCAUAGAAAACUUCAGCGUUGUGGAGACGUUAUCAGACAAUGCAGUGAUAGUUUAUCAGACACACAAGCGAGUGUGGCCUGCUUCUCAGAGAGAUGUGUUGUACCUUUCUGCCAUGAGAAAGAUGGUGGCCAGCAGUGAGAGUGAGCCAGACACAUGGCUGGUCUGCAACUUCUCUGUGGACCACAAUGAUGCCCAGACAACCAGCAGGUGUGUCCGUGCCAGAAUCAACAUUGCCAUGAUCUGUCAGACCCUGGUCAGUCCACCAGAGGGGGAUAAAGAAAUCAGCAGGGACAACAUCCUGUGUAAAAUCACUUAUGUUGCCAAUGUGAAUCCAGGAGGGUGGGCUCCUGCCUCCGUGCUCAGGGCCGUAGCCAAGAGGGAGUACCCCAAGUUCCUCAAGCGCUUCACCUUGUAUGUGCAGGAAAAAACUGCUGACAGACCCAUUUUAUUCUGAGGCCCACAGGACUGGGUCAUCGGAUCACAGCGCCUCCUGCAGAGCAGCAGCUGCUACAACACUUGAUCUCCCUCCUCAGAGUCGUAUCUUUUUUUACCCAAAGAAACUGUAAAGUUUUCAGUUUUUUUCACAUCAAGCUCUGCAUGUUGGACGUUUUGAACUUCAGACAUAAAAAACAACUUUGUUGAAAUUCUCCUUCAGGAAAAGUUCAUUUUUCCUCAACAGCUGAAGUUAGAUUAGAUGCAGCAUCACUAUAAUUAAUGACAGUAAACUUCAUUAAUGACUGAAAUACAUUCACAUGACAGAAUAUUGUGUAGCAGCACUACUUCAGCCUCAUCAGUUCAUCCUUUUCUCCUUCAGGCUUUAAUAACCAAAUACUAACAGUCGUGUUUUAAAGUGAAUGAUGUCAGCAAAGACUCACAACCCAGCUGAAAGCAGCUGUGGGUGAACCUGACUGAAACAGCCUGAAGAGGAGAAACUUUAAACACGCUCAAUGUUUUAAGAUGUUUAUUAACUAUGUAAGAUGUUUGUAAAAAUAAAUACAAAUCUUCACUUUUACACAGAAACAUCUUUUUUAAAUUGUUUUCUGUGUUCAGUGAAGCUGUUUCUGUCAUUUGACCUGAUGUUUGUGUGAAGAAAAGGGCUGUGAAUCCUCCAGGAGCCCUGAGCAGAAGCUUCAUGUCUCUGAUGAAAUCACCUCAGCAGUGAUGGAGGAGCCAGACUGAUUCUUUGUUUCACUGUUAAUGUUUGUAUUUAAGGCUUCAUCACCUGUAAAUAGUUUACAUUUAUGGGACUUUAGUUGAGCCUAGAUGCCUUAGUGUUACAGGAAACUGCAGAUUGUUUGUUGCACCUUUAAAACCAGUCCAAGUGCCUCCUGCUGGUUUGAUCCUCACAGUCCAUUCUAAUUUACUGUUACAGUAUUUUUACUGAACAAAUGAACCACAUGAGAUGUGCAGUCUUGUUUUGUGUGCACACAUUUCACUCAGGAAUCAGUUAGUUGUAAAAGUCUGGUAUUAAAGUGUUGUCAGUGUUUAGUUUGUUACAUAUGAUCUGUGUCAACAACCAAAUCACCAACAAUCUUUAGCUUGUCUUGUUUUUAACACAAUGUAUGUUUUUCUUCUGAUUGUUUGAAACCAUUUAUCUGCUGGUGUUAUUAAUAAAUGACUGUUAGCAAUAAGGGUUUUCACAUGUUAAAUGUUGUUUUCUUAAUGUUUCAUUGCCUCAUUUCAUCAAUUGUUAUAUUUCCAUAAAAGUCUGUUCCUGUGCUCAUAUCAGUUCAUACCGUGCCUGUGAAAAGUAUGGUUUAAGUUUUAAUUGCUGUCAAAAAACAUUGACUAAUAAAAACCCAGGUAGUGAAUAUAUUUGACAGGACCUGUGGAUUUACUGCUUCUUCAGCAGUUUUCAUCAUGUUGAAAGCUGUGAGCUGACAUGAAGCAGGAUAAAACUCAGCUACAGUUCAGUGGAAAGAUGGCACGUUGCAUUUUUAUUUUCACCCACAACAAACAUUUCUAGUAGAUCUCCAGCAGGAGUCACCUUUCCCAUCAAAACAAACCAUUUCUGCACCAAUCACAAAAGAUACGUGAGCAGGAAACACCUGGAGCUCUGUAGGUUUUAAACUAAACUGUGCUUUGUUACAUUCUAAAAUAAAAGAACUAUAUAACAGAA